ACACCCUGACCAUCAAGCUGUUUAUUUUAUAAAAACUUAAUUAUUUGCAAUUAAUUUGUAUGCAUUGAAGGACACCGAAAAGGCACAGCACGUUCCUUAUUCCAAAGGGUAUAAGGCAACUCCUGGCUGCGCUAGAUUUAUCCAGGAUUAGCUGUUCGCCAAGCAAUUACCCCCCGGAGCGAAAGGGAUCUGCCUUUUCAGACAGACGCCUCCAGAGAAAGGGCUCCAAAACAAGGAAAUGAGCGAUUUGGGAAAGGUAUGAUUUCUAGAUUCCAAGGGAAAUAAUAAUGGAUAACAUUGUUUACGAUUUUGCCAAGAUCACUUUUCAACCGAAGGAGGUGGUAUUCACGGGAAAUAGGUCAUCCACUGGCUCGAAUCUCUCGUGGCGACUGAAGGAGAUGGCCAUGUCGGACAUGGAGGAGAUGCAGGACACAUCCGAGCCAAUAGCCACACCCGAAUCCGAUGGCGAUGUCAGCAGUGCAUCCCAGGACUCCGACGAUGUGGACUCGCAACUGAGUCGCUGCGAGGAUAAUGACGACGACAGCGAUUGCAUCAGUGGGUCCUCCAGUCACAGUUCCCAUUUCGGGGCUCGGGCGGGCGUGGCUCGUCGCCGGAUGCCGGCCAGGGUGUCCAAGGACAACUUCAACCGGGUAUGCAGUGCCAUCAUGAAGCCCGUCAAGAAGAAGCAGCGGAAGGAGCUGAAUACCAAUGCCCAGACGCUCAAGAGCAUCGAGAAGAUAUACACCAGCAAGCGAAUGAAGAAGUUCACGCCCACCAAUCUGGAGACAAUCUUCGAGGAGCCCAGCGACGAGAAUGCCGCCGAUGCGGAGGACGACAGCGAGGAGUGCUCCAUAAGCAGCCAAGUCAAGGUCGUCAAGAUGUGGGGUCGCAAACUCCGCCGGGCCAUAUCCUUCAGCGAUGGCCUGAACAAGAACAAGAUCCUGUCAAAGAGACGCCGCCAGAAGGUGAAGAAGACAUUUGGCAAGCGCUUUGCGCUCAAGAAAAUCUCAAUGACCGAGUUUCACGACCGUCUGAACAAAAGUUUCGAUAGUGCCAUGCUCGAGGGCGAUGAUGGUGAGGCGGGUGGGUCGGGGGAAACCCCCGAGAUCCCCAAGACAUCGAUGACCAUGGAGGAUAUACAGCUGCCGGCCAUGAGCAGCCCACACCAGUUCCUCAUGCAACCGGCGGGCUUUGAGUAGACAGACUGAAUGAUUCAACGCGCACCACAUAAUUAUUCAUUGCAUUAUUACUAAAAAAAAACAAUUGUACUGAUAGCAACUAUGAAGCUAGGAUUUACGUUCGUUUGGCUUACUUCACGCCGUAGUCCUAAGCCCCCAUCAAAGUUAUAUGUGUGUAAAUAGCAUGUAGAAGAAAAUAAAUUAGAGCUAAACCUAAAACUAAA